GCACUGUCGCAGUCGGAAGUCGACGGUGGGGAUGGUGCCUCACGACCAGUUCGGCUUGUGCAAGCAGACCCUGCAGUUCGUCCUGCGGUCGACCCUGCAGUUCGUCCUGCGGUCGCUGGCGCGCAGCAAAGGUCAUCCAGGGGUUUGGAUGCCGAGAUGCACCAGGAACU